AUGAGAUUUUCAAAAGCAAUUGGUGGCUCACGGGUAUUAUUCCGACCAAAUGAAGACUUUUCGAGUUUGGGAGCAACAUCCAACAACGUUGACCAGGAGUCAAGAGCACAAAAAACUCGUAGUGUCUCGAUCAUGGUUCCAAAUUAUGAUCUAGCUGAAAAACAAGGAAUUCCUCGUCAAGCAAUAUUGGAAUCGGAACGAGUGACAAACUUUAAACUUCAAAUGAAAAAGAGGAAACAAAAGGGAGCAUCUCAAUCUUUUUCACAUUUGAUCACAAAAAGAACAACACCAUCACGAAGAGGUGAAGAUUCUGCUUUGGUUGAAUGCAAAUAA